AUGUAUGGAAGCGCUCCAGCAGUUGCUGAAGAAAGUUUCAGGCUAAACAUUUGCAUUUGCAUAAAGUACACAGUUAAUGGCUUGACCCAAGUUGUUGACUUCACUCAUUGCUUCAACUCGUACAUUAUGAAAUUGGAUAUUUAUCAGAUUUCCAAUAAAGCGAUACUUUUUUUAAAAGAGUGCAGUUUCCCAUUAAAUUGA